AUGAGUGACGAUUCAGAGACCACCCCCCCAUCUCUUCACUACUCGCCAUCCAUCAGCGAUCUCGACCACGCCUCCUCCACUGGAGCCUCGACCCCCAGCAGCAUCCCUGUUGGCUUCGGCACCACCUCGUCCUUCUCUCGCAAGCCACUCAGCCGUGGGAAAGAUCCCAUCUCGUGGGCGCGGAAGCCUGCAGAUCGCGCACUGUACCUGGGCUCGACGACCCUGGUCGAGACCGACGACGACACCAUCCAGCCCUUUCCCCUCUUUCUCUCCUCGCCAGCAGACGCCUACACAAUGAGCGGCCAAUCCAUGCCUUUCGACAUCGCCGCGCGCCAGACCUCGGUCUCGCCGCCAGGACAGCAGGCCUCCAACCUGACUUCAGCCCUGCAGAAAGCCGCCAGCAAUGACCGACAAGGCAGUUUCUCUAACCCCGCUGCCACCAGCGCGAGCGCAGUCUACAAGGCAGCGGCUGCCCGCAAAGAUUCCAUGGGCGCCAGCAUGGCCCAGUGGGGGAAUGGCACAAAACCCAUCUCGGUGAUGGGCUCGAACCGCGAGAAGCCCCGUCGCGAGUCUCUGGCCGGCAGUCUGGUCGGAGGAAUGAGCUGGGGUGGAGUUUCCGUUGGCAGCUGGAUUCGUGAUGAUAUCAUCAUGACCGGUACUUCUCCGUUUACUUUCCAAUCGCCUUCGUUCCACUCCUCUUCGUAUUUGCCAAAAUUGGAAGCAAACUUUAUGCGUGAUUUCUCAUGCUGCGGAAUUACCCUCCCCACACUGCAUGAUCUGCUACAACACUACGAGGAAGCGCACGCCCAAAAGUCGCCUCAGCACAGCCAGCGCCCUAGCCAAGGUGACAAUAGAUCUGCUAUGGCUGCCGCUGCCGCCGCUGUCGCACAAUCACAGGGCCACGGGCAAGACCGCGGAAUGCCAUCUGGCUCCUCCGCCAACGGCCAGCCAAAGUUCAACCCAAACCAGACCAUAGAUACAAGCAACUUUGCACCUUCGCAACAGCACCUAGACCUUGAUACUAUUGACGAUAUGGACAUGGACGAUGCAAUGGGUGUCGGCGAUUCGUCUUCUCAGAUGUUUUCACAAAUUCCCACCACGCAAAGCGGAUUUGGCUCUCCCAACCAACGGGUUCCACAACUUAAUCUCAAUCUCAGUAUGCUCCAAGGCCAGGGGCUGCGUGGAUCUCAGCCAGGCACACCAGUGGCCCCUGGACACACUGUUCUUCAAAACAACCCUACUGUGUCUUCGGUCAACACUCCAACCUUGUCAUCCAAUCCUCUUCAAAAUGCACAGUUCCGCAAUACUCCCGACUCUUCAGGACCGGGAACUCCCGCUGAGCUGGACGAAAGUGUCAUUGGGGGAUUCAACGAUCUCAACAUGCAAGCUGGUGGCCUGGCCGCCAAUGGGCAAUUCGGAUUUGGCGGUGCCAACGAUAUGGUUGACCUCUGCAUCGAUGAGCCGGCGAAACGCCUGUUCAGCCCCGGCGGAGGAUUUGGAAGCGGUGGUUCCCACGCACACAUGAAAUUAGGCAACUCCCAGUACGGUCCCAACAGUGACAUCGCGAGACGUAUUCGUGAACAACAGAUGCUUGCCGGAGUCCCAGACACGUCGUUAGGCAUGCUUCCCAACGAAGAACCCAAGCCUUUUAGAUGCCCAGUCAUCGGUUGCGAGAAAGCCUACAAGAACCAAAACGGAUUGAAAUAUCACAAAGCUCAUGGCCACAACAAUCAGCAAUUACACGAAAAUGGCGAUGGCACUUUCUCGAUCGUGAACCCAGAGACCUCUGCCCCUUACCCAGGCACUUUGGGAAUGGAAAAGGAGAAGCCAUAUCGCUGUGAAGUAUGUGGCAAGCGGUACAAAAAUUUGAAUGGGCUCAAAUACCACAAGUCACACUCUCCACCAUGCAAUCCCGACCUCCAACUCGGCGGCCGCAACCUCAAUCUCGGGGGCGUCAUGCAAGGCCAGAACAUCAAUGUUGCCGGUGCUGGGCUGCCUGGCAUUGGGGAGGAAGGAUUGCUUUAA